UGUAUAUAUUAGCCCUAACCUGUCGCUCAUUUGUUAGCAGCAGCUAGGGUUUCAUAUAUUCAAGGCGGCCAGCGUAGUUGACACUCCAUCUUCAUCAAUCAAUCAAUGGCGAGAAUCAAGGUUCAUGAGCUUAGGAGCAAAUCAAAGGCUGAUUUGUUUGAUCAGUUGAAGGAUCUCAAGGCUGAACUUGCUCUUCUUCGUGUUGCCAAGGUUACUGGCGGAGCUCCCAACAAACUAUCCAAGAUUAAAGUGGUGAGGACAUCAAUUGCUCAGGUUUUGACUGUCAUUUCCCAAACCCAGAAGUCUGCUCUUAGGGAAGCCUACAAGGGCAAAAAGUACUUGCCUCUUGAUUUGCGUCCAAAGAAAACCAGAGCCAUCCGUAGACGUCUUACCAAGCAUCAGGCUUCAUUGAAGACUGAAAGAGAGAAGAAGAAGGAAAAGUACUUCCCUUUGAGGAAAUAUGCUAUCAAGGCCUAAGAUGAUAAUUAUUAAGGAUGAGAUUUAGGUACUGAUGUAUGUUAAUCUCUUUCCAUUUUUGAAUUCAAGUUGUGUAAGAUCCGUCAGAAAUUAUGUAUUUGAUAGUUUGUCUGCUAUGAGUUACAAUAUGGUUGACAUUGGAGGUUGCUCUUUAUGCUUUUAGUUAUGUGAACUUGCUUUCGUAGAA